GGGUCUCUGCGCGCCCCUGUUCCCGGGGGGCUCCGCCCUGCCCCGUGGGUGUCUGUCACACGUGGGUAGAGCCCGGCGGGUGGGUUGUGCAGCAGAUCGGGUCUCUGAAGCCCUGGGGGGUGGAGGGGUCGAUGGCGGUUAAGGGGUUUAAUCAUCAUGGCACCGCCUCUGGCAGGGGGUUGGGCUGCUGGGCAGGGAACGAGAAACCACAAAUCGCCCCUGACCCUGACCUGCCCUGCUGGGUCCGUCUCGGCUUCCAGAUCAGCUGGAGAGUCGGAGCAAGGAGGGGGACCAGGCCAGGACCUCCGCCCGGCUCGGCUUUACUGCUGCUGAAUGGGAACCAGUCAGAGCGAGAGGAGCCGAUCCCAGCCCAGCGCCUGCAGCAGCAUCUGUAGCCUGAGUGUCGCUGGGAGACAAUGUGGCCAGAAACUGGGGCUGCUGGGAGCAAGGAGCCGCUGUGGGAGUCGCCUGCUGGUGGCAGUGGACACCUGGAGACUGUCAGGGAGUCAGAACCUCAUCGUAAUGGCAAGAAUCGUAACUACAAGAAAGCUACAGUUGUGCUCAAAGUUGUGUCCGUAGUUCUCUUCAUCGCUGUUGUUGUUCUCAUCAUCACUCUCCUGGCAGUGUUGCGAUCUAGUUCUCCAGCUGCCCUGUGCCCCUGCUGCCCGGACGGCUGGGUCGGAUACCAAGGGAAAUGCUACUAUUUCUCCGAGGCCGAAGGGAACUGGAACAACAGCCAGAGCCACUGCUCUGCCCUCGGUGCCUCCCUGGCUGGGAUCGACAGUGAGCAGGAAAUGGCUUUCCUGCUGCGUUAUAAAGGCAAACACCAGCAUUGGAUCGGCCUCUGGAGGGAGCAGGGGCUGGGCCAGCCCUGGAAAUGGGUCAACGGCACCGAAUUCAACAAGCUGUUUCCGAUAAGAGCAGAUGGUGACUGUGCCUAUCUGAAUGACGAGAAUAGAGUCAGCAGCUUGCGAUGCACCAGUGAGAGACACUGGAUCUGCACCAAACCUGAUGCAUUUACAAAGACAUAGGAGGCGACAGUGGAAGGGGGCUCAUAACUUUCGCUAUAUUAACUUAUCUGCUUUGGGAAUAAUUUAUAUAUAUAACUAAAUAUUUCCCUUGUCAUACUGUUUAAAUAGGGAUUGCACUAUAGCAAAUGAAACAAUGGAUUCACACUCCUAUGGCUCUUUUGGGUAAUGUUGAUCGCUAAUUUGGCUCCUAAACGACUGAGCGAAUAUCCCUGCUAUAGAUGCUUCUGUUACCUUUUGAAAAUUAAGAUUUUUAACCUAUUUGUGUUUACAUGCUUACCUGCUUUAACUUAAUAAAUAACAGCUUUCCUUUUUAA